CCCUCUUCCACCUCCCUCUCCCCUGCCUUCUCCUUUGCUUACUUCUUUCUCCUGAAGCCCAGACACAGUUCCAGACUGGAACAUGCACCGCAGCUGCUUGGCAGAGGGCGUCCCCACCGUUGCGGGCAACUCCUGGAUCUCAGGUGAGCCUCUGCCAGGUCUCCCACCCAUGGUCCACCGGGGCGCUGGAGGCAUUCACACUGCCCUCUGUGCCCCAGGCUUGGCCUUCCCUGACUGGGCCUACAAAGCCGAGUCGUCCCCAGGCUCCCGGCAGAUCCAGCUGUGGCACUUCAUCCUGGAGCUGCUGCAGAAGGAAGAGUUCCGCCAUGUCAUCGCCUGGCAGCAGGGAGAGUACGGGGAGUUUGUCAUCAAGGAUCCAGACGAGGUGGCCCGCCUCUGGGGCCGCAGGAAGUGCAAACCACAGAUGAAUUACGACAAGCUGAGCCGGGCCCUCAGAUAUUACUACAAUAAGAAGAUCCUGCACAAGACCAAAGGCAAAAGGUUCACUUACAAGUUCAACUUAAGCAAGCUCAUCGUAGUCAACUGUCCUCGAUGGGAGGUACGGGCAAUGCCGGCCCCCAACUUGUUUCGGCCAACCCUGGUGCCCAUGGGCAUGCAGAGUAAGUUCCUACACAGCAUGCUGCUCACCCACUGGGCCAUGGUGGAGCAGCUGGCUGGACAGUGGGCCCUCCGAGGGCCACCAGAGGCCUCUGAGGAUAAGAAGGGGAGCAGCAGCCAUAUCUACCGACUUGGCUCUGCCUCCACCCACUGCCUGCUCAGCCCUCGCUGCCAUUGGGGGAGCCUCGCAGAAGAGCGGCCCAGUUUUGCCUCCUUCACGCCUCCCCUCCCACCCUCUCUCUCCUCAGGGCCCCUCUUGGCCCCUCUUCUCCCAGAGCAGCAGUUUCCAGGGUCCCCCACGACAGACACCCUGCUCCCAGGGCCCACGUGCCCCCCAGCGACCUCGUUUCCCGGGCUUCCCCUGCUGGCUGGGCUGGGCCAGGGGGCGUGUGAGAGGCUCAGGCUCUUGUUCCUUAGGCCAGAGGGGCUGGAGGUAAAGGCCCACCCCCUGAUGGGGGGAAAAGGGCACCUGGAUCCCUGGGAGGGCUUCUUCGCAGAGAUGCAAAGACCCAGACCUGGGGAGGAAAGUCUUAGGUCCCCUCAUUUGGAGAAUUUUGAAGCAGAGUGGUCCUUGGAUCCUCCUUAACUGAGGAGGAAGAUGUGACGUGGGCCCCUAAACCCCACCUCUCCUCUGGCCCACCUCCCUGCUGGCUUUGCACCUCCCUGGGUGGAAAUAAGUCUAAAUUGUGGGAGGAUUUGAUGGAUGGAGUUGGAUCCGAGGAGGUGGGGGUCAUUGCAGAGAAGGAGCAUAUGUGGAGACGGGACAAACUGAGGCAGGGUGCCCCCUCCAUCCCACUACAUUGCUAAUCAGAUUAAGGAGACAUUUUUU